AAAUAAAAAAAUAAAAAAAUAAAAGGGUAAAAGGAAAUUCCACUGCCCAUCUUCCUGAAAACCCCACUCAAUCAUUUAUUAUUCUGUCUCCUUUCACCUUCUUCUAACCCCUCUCAAUCAUUUCCGCCCAUUUCAAGCAAGAAAAAUCACUCCUUUCCCCCCAUUCAGCAUUCAUUAAUCCCACCAACUAACCGGUCUGUGUUUUGGAUUCUUGCAUUUGGGUUUUCCCCUGUUUCAUUUUUAUUUUUGUUUCUGUUUUUUUUCACCUUUUCAGUCGCACGAUUUUAUUCUUUUUAAUGUUUUUGAUCUUCUUGGGAAUUUUCGUAGCUGUGAAUCUCUAUAAGAGACUUAUCUGGUAAGUGGGUUGUCGGGCCUGGCCGAAUGCUCUUCGAUCUCCACCUUACAGAGAUGGACACUGUUUGAGAAGCUGAGGUUUUUCAUAGUUUCUCACCAAAAAGACUUGAAACAGAGGAGAGAUGGGCAUCAAGUUAAUCUUUACAGCAAUUUCACUCUAUAGCUUGCUGUGUUCACUAGCUGCACCCGAGCCCGUCGAGGACAAACGGGCCCUUCUCGAAUUCAUCUCCAACACUCGCCUCUCGAGGAAUCUCAAAUGGGAUGAAAAUACUUCAGCUUGCUCUAACUGGACUGGAGUCACUUGCAAUCAUGACAACUCGAGGAUUAUUGCCGUUCGGUUGCCGGCCAUCGGAUUCCGAGGCGUGCUCCGGCCAAACACCCUUAGCCGAUUAUCGGCCCUCAAGAUCUUGUGCCUGAGAUCCAACGGCAUUAACGGCCCUUUCCCUCGUGACCUCCUUAAACUCCCCCACUUAACCGAUCUUCAUCUGCAGUACAACAAUUUCCACGGCCCGUUGCCUUCGGAUUUCACCGUGUGGAAAAAUCUCUCGGUUUUGGACCUCUCGAACAAUGCUUUCAACGAAAGCAUUCCAUCUUCAAUCUCAAAUUUGACCCAUUUAAUGUCUUUAAAUUUCGCAAACAACUCGUUUUCCGGUCACAUACCCGAUCUCUGCAUGCCGAGCCUCCAGGUGUUAAACCUAAGCAACAACAAUCUAACUGGGCUCGUCCCUCAGUCGCUCUCGAAAUUUCCCCGAUCAGCCUUCUCGGACAAUAAUAAUAUUUCAUUUCCGAUCCUACCCCUUCCGGACCCUUCCUCCAAUGCUACCCACAAAAAGCACUCGUCCAAAUUAAAAGAAUCACUCAUUCUCGGAAUAGCCAUCGGCGGGUUUUUGGUCGUGUUCAUUUCAAUAGCGCUGUUAUUGUUCGUCGUGAAUAGAAAGAACAACAAAAGAGACGAUACAAUGUCGAACGCAUCUCAAAAGAAGGAGAAUUCGGUGAGGAGCAUGGCCUCCGAGUAUCAGGGGGAAAACGGGAAGAUCACGUUUUUCGAGGGGUGCAAUCUGGCGUUUGACCUCGAGGACUUACUGAGGGCUUCAGCUGAAGUACUCGGGAAGGGCAGUUUCGGAACUACUUAUAAGGCGGCACUUGAGGAUGCGACUACAGUUGUCGUGAAGAGGUUGAAGGAAGUUGUUGUGGGGAAAAGGGAGUUUGAGCAUCAUAUGGAGAUUGUUGGGAGUGUGAGGCAUGAGAAUGUGGUCCCACUCAGAGCUUAUUACUAUUCUAAAGACGAGAAGCUCGUCGUGUAUGAUUAUUAUCAUUGGGGGAGCGUAUCGGCAUUGCUUCACGGCAAACGAGGCGAAAACGGGUCCCCACUUGACUGGGAGGCCCGUCUCAAGAUUGCAACGGGGGCCGCUCGUGGCCUGGCCCACAUCCACUCCCGUUGCCACGGAAAGCUCAUCCAUGGCAACGUGAAGUCCCACAACAUCUUCCUAAACCCGGCCGACCUCCUCGGCUGCGUGGCUGAUGUGGGCCUUCCCGCCGUAAUGGGCCCAACCGCCUCUUCGGGCCGGGCCUCGGGCUACCGGGCCCCAGAGGUCACUGAGGCCCGCCGGGCCUCCCAGCCUUCGGACGUGUAUGCGUUAGGGGUCGUCUUCCUCGAGCUCCUCACCGGAAAAUCCGCCGUCCACUCGUCGGCCGGGGGGGAAGAAGUCGUUCACCUCGUGAGGUGGGUCAACUCGGUUGUUCGGGAGGAGUGGACUGGUGAGGUUUUUGAUGUCGAGCUUUUGAGGUACCCGAAUAUCGAGGAGGAGAUGGUUGGAUUGCUGCAAAUCGGGCUUAGCUGUGUGGUGAAGAUGCCGAGCCAGAGGCCCACGAUGGCUGAGGUGGUUCGGAUGGUGGAGGAGGUCCGGUGCUUUAAUACGGGCCGAAGCUCGAUGGGCCUGGCCCAGGCCCGAACUCCGAAUGCUUCUUGAGUUGGUUUUGUUUUUCUUUCUUUGAUAAGUUUGCGGUAUUCUUAUGAAAUUAUGGAUGCCUCCUUUAAGUUUGGUUUUGUUUCACAAAGUGCAAUACUGGUGGUGGGGGUGAUUUUGAGGCGGACAUGGACUUUGAGGGGGAGUUUGUAAUUUUUUUAAGAGGUGAUUGGGAUUUUUGUCAGGGGAUUAGGGGGAUAAGACCGGAUUAGUAGCCGUAAUUAGUCCCUUAUUUAUUCUGUGUCUGCUGGUCCACAUGGGUUGUCGUGGAUUUGGUUUUGUGAUUCUUGAUUUUGGUUGGGAAAUCGUUGACAUAUUCGUACUUGUAAAAGUCGCGGGCUAUCUGAAGUUGAUUGAAAUACGUUGAUUCAUUGGUUUUUUCGACUGGAUUUUCUAGGUCGCUUUAUUGAAUUGGAUACUAAUUUUAUGUUAUGAAUGAAUAUUCAAAUGAUUUGGUG